AAAAAGGUCUGCAAGUUGACAUCUGGAGAAUGGGAACUUUGCACAGUCAACCAUGGAGGAAUAUCGAGUGGAAAGAAAGUACAAAAGACAGUCUCAAGAAAUUUGUGCAAGAAUACAAACCCAUUAUUGACUCAGUACCUCAGGCUCGGAUUCUUCUCGUUGGUGAUGUUGGUGCUGGAAAAUCAAGCUUCUUCAACUCCAUCAGCUCUGUCUUCUGUGACCACAUAACAGCCCAAGCCAAUGCAGGAGACAAUCCCACCACCCUGACGCUGAAGUAUCACACUUACCAGGUGAGGGAGGGCACAGGUGGACGGCCUCUCUCAUUCCUCCUGUGUGACACCAUGGGAUUGGAACAAACAACUAAUGGAGGGGUGAACACUGAUGAUAUUGAGAGCAUCCUGAAGGGCUACAUACCGGACGGGUACCAGUUUGACCCUAAAAUACCAUGGAGCCAAAAUGGUGAUCAAACUCAUGUUCCACCACUUAAGGAGAGGAUCCACUGUGUGGUGUUUGUGGUAGACGCCUCAACACUUCCACUUAAGAAUUCAAAAGAUGAGAAACCCAAAAAAUUUACUAAAAUCAAAGACAAAGCUAACUUGCUUGAUGUCCCUCUAAUGGUUCUACUGACCAAAGUGGACAAAGUGUGCCCACACACAGGAAAGGACUUGAAAAAUGUGUACUGGAGUGACUACUUAAAGGUGCAGAUCGAAAAAGCGAGUCGAAUACUGGGCAUCCAAACGUCAAAUGUCUUUCCAGUGAGGAAUUACUUCCGCGAGACUGAGCUGGACAUGCCCCGUGACAUCCUGCUUCUCACUGCAAUGCAGAAAAUGCUACACUUAUCUAAUGAUUUCUUUGCUAAUUUUGAGGAAGACACAAAGUGAGUCAGACAUAUAUGAUGUGUGUAUAAAGUUGAGAUAUAACCACACCACACACUGUAACCCUACACUGGAUUAAGAGAUUGAAUAUGAAAUUAAAGAUAAUUAUUAAAGAUCAAUAAAAUUACCCGAUGAUUCCAACAUGGGUCAGUGUCAGUCUCAAAUCUAAUUUGGUCCAGAGAUCUAGCUCUCUAUUUUGAGUUUGCCUGUGUCACUGUCAAUUUGAUUACUAGAUUGUUGGAUUGUAAAUGGACAAUUAAAUAGUCUCACAUUCAAA